CAGGUUAGGCUUUAUAAUAUGUUUUCAUCUUUGUCUAACUAACAGUCAUUCUUUGUGGACAGAAAAGUUUAUACCGUAUUACUACGUAGCAUCUCUACGUAGUCUGUAAGUCAAAUUUUCCGAUAGGUGCGCGAAAACAUGAAAUAUGAACAGGUAUAUCUUUAAAACAGCUGACGUGAAAAUUUCUUUUGUGCAGUAAAAGUGAGGAGGACUCGGGAAAUUUGCGAACAUUUUGCAAUAAUAUCGUGUUUUAUAAACCUACUUGAAGCUAUUCUCGAUCGAUACGCUAAAAUUAAAAAUACACCUCAUUUUUAAAAUUAGCAACAUAGCAUUUUGUGGAAAAUUUUAAUGCAGCGACGCCGUUCUCGCGUAAUAAAAAGGAAUAUGAAAUCGUGAAGGUCACAGCUUUGUUCGAGUCAAACAAGUUCUUUGACUGCCGUGGCCGCACGCGCGUUGUCACUCGCCCUGUUUGCGACUCGUUUACGUAAUCGGAACCGCUCAUCAAAUCACAUUCUUAUCUCUAUCCCGGGGGCUCGGCCCGACGUACUGUCAGUUGAUUCGCUAUUCAGUGUUGACCAGGGUCAGCGUUAUGCUUACAAUCUGGGCGAGAAUCGGUCGCGUACGUUCGCUAGAGCGAACGUUGUCUAGCGUCGUAGACUUGCCGCAAUUUCAGGAUGGGAGCAUCCAUAACGAGCCUGUGUUGGGUUAUCGUGCCGGAAGCCGGGAACGCCAAGACCUAAUUGAGGAGCUGAAACGAACCGCUUCAGUAAUUGAAGACGUACCAAUUGUAAUUGCCGGAAAAAAUAUUACAGAAGGCGAGCCACGAUAUCAGGUGAUGCCCCAUGAUCACUCAAAAAAGAUAGCUAAAUAUUACUAUGCCAGUGAAAAAACAAUUGAAAAGGCGAUUCAAGCGUCUGUCGAUGCUCAAACUCGUUGGGACCGCACUCCGCUGACUGAACGCGUAAAAAUCUGGCAGACAGCAGCUGAGCUAAUGGCCGGUGCGUAUCGACAGAGCCUCAAUGCUGCGACCAUACUUGGACAGUCGAAAUCAGUAAUUCAAGCUGAAAUUGAUGCUGCAGCUGAACUUAUUGAUUUUUUCCGUUUUAAUGUACACUUCCUGAAGGAAAAUUCAAAAUAUCAACCUAUUUCUGAGAGUCCCACAAUAACCAAAAACUCUUUGAGAUUUCGUGGCAUAGAUGGAUUUAUUGCAGCAAUAAGUCCCUUCAAUUUCACUGCCAUUGGAGGCAACCUCGCAUACACACCUGCACUUAUGGGCAAUGCAGUGUUAUGGAAACCAUCGGAUACAGCUUUGUUGUCCAACUGGCGAAUCUUCAAUAUUAUGAGGGAAGCUGGUCUUCCAGAUGGUGUUGUAAACUUUGUUCCAUCCGAUGGUCCUACAUUUGGUCGAGUCAUCACAUCAUCACCAUACCUGGCUGGAAUCAACUUCACAGGCUCUGUGCCCACUUUUAACUGGCUGUGGAAUGAAGUAGGCAAGAAUCUUAAUACAUAUCGUAACUAUCCCAGACUCAUUGGAGAAUGUGGAGGAAAGAAUUACCACUUUGUACACCCCUCUGCUGAUAUACAAACUGUGGUUAGUGGCACCAUCCGAUCAGCAUUUGAAUUUUGUGGACAGAAGUGUUCAGCUUGCUCCAGAAUAUAUAUCCCUCAGUCUCUGUAUGAACCAAUUAAGACAGGAUUACUUGCAGAAAGAGCUAAACUGAAGAUUGGUGACCCUGCAGACUUUUCAGUGUUCACAGCGGCUGUCAUUGAUGACAAAGCUUUUGCUAGGAUCACAGGAUACAUCCAAAGAGCCAAGAAGAAUCCUAAGAACAAGAUCUUGGGAGGUGGUGAGUUUGACAAUAGCAAGGGCUACUUUGUGCAGCCUACCAUCAUUGAGACAACAGAUCCGCAUGACAAGCUCAUGACAGAAGAGAUCUUCGGUCCAGUGCUCACCAUUUAUGUAUAUAAUGAUAAAGAUAUUGAUAAAACCAUGGAUUUAAUUGGUACUUCCACAAAAUUUGCUCUUACAGGAGCUAUAUUUGCUAAAGAUCAAGUAUUUUUGAAAAAAGCAUAUGAAAAUCUCAAAAUGACUGCUGGCAACUUCUAUAUCAAUGACAAAUCAACUGGAUCUGUAGUCGGUCAGCAGCCAUUUGGAGGUGGCCGUAUGUCAGGUACUAAUGACAAGGCAGGUGGUCCCAACUAUGUCAUGAGGUGGACAUCUCCACAAUCUAUUAAGGAAACAUUUGUUCCACUUACUGAUAUUGAUUAUCCAUAUAUGAGAGAAUGAAAAUCAUCAUCUCAGAACUUAAUUAUCCAAAAGUAGAAAAAAAAUUUAAGAUAAUUAGAUUGAUUAGAUCAACUAUCUAGUUAAAUUAGUGAAAUUAUCAUCUCAGCAAACAAUCUCACUUGUAACAUAGAAGUAUUAAUUUGUGUAUUUUGAAUAUUAUUUAAUUAUUCAUGUUGUAAAAUGUAGAUAUUUAAGUAAGUUAAUGUAUUUUGAAAAUGAAUUAAUGUUAAUUACUAGUUUCAUGUUAUGGCAUGAUUGUUCAAUUUUAUUAUUAUGGAAAUAUAUUAGAUUAGGUCAAAAAGGUAAUUAUUUGAAAUAUUGAAACUUGUUCGUCUCGCUAGUUCUGUGCUUAUACUUUCUGUAUCCGAGUGAUUUUCUAACAUUAUAUGUUUCCUGUCUGACCUCACUUGCAUUUACUGCUUACUCUUUGUCUAAAUGUAAAAUGUUUAUUAGUGUAAUGUUAUUGUUAAUGUUGAUUGCUGGAUCUCUUGGUUUCAUCUAUGACUGAAGUUGAUGUUUGGAAUUCCAAUAAAUAUUAAAAAUUAAUAGUUCAA